AUGAAGAUCUUUCCCUUAUCUCAGGUUUUUGAAUCUAUGGAAGUACCUAAUUCCACAAGUCCUGUGGAGAAAGUCGAGCAAGUCGCAAAGAUGGUUGAGGAUGUUAAACCAGAAAGUGCCGUAAUUAGUGAAUCCAAGAGGGAAGAAAAGUUGUUCGACGACACUGAUUCGGAUGAAAGUGACGAAAAUAUCACAGCUAUCAUCGACGAUGACAACACUUGGAAACAUGGUGAUCAGGUAAGUGUAAUGGGUGUCAUUUCUCCUCAUCCCUUUUUAAUUCAUACGUGGAGAUGUUUAGUGUGCAUAAAGGCAGAGGCAUGUUCGUCAAAGAACGCAAUAUUUGUGCAAUCUAUCGUUCGGUCAUGUGGUCAAAUGAGUGCUCGAACCGAUCUCUCGUAUCGGAUGCCGAGCGACUGCGAGUGGGCCCGACGGAAACGCGAGAAGAAAGAGAAAGCUGCCGCCGUGACCACUGCACAACAGCAGCCGGUGACCCCGACUCAACCGAAAAAGGUAGCUUCGGAUUUCAACGGCAUGGUACCUACGGGGAUCGCAGAUUUAUCGCGAGUGGCGUCAAUGAACGGUCAAAUGUCCGUAUUUCACGGUAUGGAUCCUAUGACAAUAGCAAUGAUGCAACAAAUGCAGCAGGCGCAGUUAAUGGAAGCGCAGCAGCAAGCUGCUGCUCAGCAACAACAUGUCAGUUUCUAG